UGUUUUCUGGUUGCUCGAACUUUAGACUGCAUUGGAGAGUCCACGAGUACACGUGCUGUAUUAUUUCUAGUUCUAAAUAAAUUAAAUAAGUUUAGUAAACUAGAACCAUGGCUUCAUUGGACGAUUUCUUUAAUAAAUUAAACCGAAAACAUCCCACUCUACAAGACGACUUGCGUGGAAUUCUGAAAAGUGCACAAAGUGACUCACCACAACGUUCCAUUACUUUAUCCCAAAUACGUGCUGCUUAUACUCAACGACUUGGACAGGAUUUUCCCGUCAAGGGUGGAACGCGGUCUCAAAUGGCUUAUAUGCUCACCAUCCCAUAUAUCUGUUGUUUCAGCACACAAAUUGGCACAAUGCGAUUUUUUAGCAUCGAGGCUAACCAGGAAUAAGAAUAUGAUACUAAAUAAUAAUAAAAAACUAGCCCUAAAAUAGAAUUAAGAAGCAUUUCAAUGCGCCACUGUGGAACUCAAAUAAAUUUAUGGAAGUAAUA